GCAUCUUAAAAUUACUUGUGGACGUGAAAAACACGACUAAGGGGAUAAACAAUGCUGCGUCAUCUCAUACGCAAACAACCUACCACCUUCGAUUCCCUCUGCCACCCAUUUUACUUUUGGUCGCACCUGAUUUUUAAAAGCAAAGAACCCAGACACUGUCACGGUUACAUUCCUACUCCCGCUCAUUCAACACCUAGUUCAAUGAAUCCUAAAGGCACCGUCGUUUUCACCUCCGUUGGGAGGCCACAAUACGGCUUCGACAUCUUUACCGUCAAUCUCAAUCAAACUCCCAUCACCAACUCCACCCCUGAACAUCGCCUUACUGACUGUAUUUCCAUCAACUUCAAUGCUCAAUUCAUAAACGAAGAUCAAUCCAUCGUCUUUAUCUCUGAACGAUCGGGGUCCCCUCGGAUUUACCUCACCCACCCGGACCUACCCAAGCCCGAGCAGCUCCCAUCUGCCCCCAGCAGCCUCUUCCACGAUCGACCCAUCAUCCAAAACCACCGCCUUUACUUCAUUUCAGCUCAUGAACAACCUGAUCAACCUUUCAAGAGCUGGUCCGCUCUUUACUCAACCGAGCUCCGCGGUAAAAGAGACACUACAAGGUUGUCUCCUUACGGGGUUGCUGACUACAGUCCUGCUAUUUCAAAAUCUGGGAAAUUUGUAGCCGUUGCCUCAUACGGUUCUCGGCCUUGGGAAGGUGAUUUUCACGAGCUCAAAACGGAUAUAGUUGUUUUCCCAGUAUCCUACCCGAAUAACCGUUUUGUUGUUUGUGAGAAAGGCGGUUGGCCCACUUGGUCAGGUGACUCCACCAUUUUCUUUCACCGCCAAGCCGACGAUGGCUGGUGGAGCAUUUUCCGUCUCGAGUUUCCGGAAAAUCCUAUUGAAUUUUCUGGGUUCCCAGUCCUUCCUCUUCGUGUCACUCCACCUGGUCUCCACUGCUUCACUGCGGCCGCAUUCCAUGACGGAAAACGAAUCGCAGUAGCCACUAGGCGGCGCGGCAAGAAUUACAGACAUAUCGAGGUUUUCGACCUCGAAUCGAAGGUUUUUCACCAAGUGACUGAGUUGCUCAACCCGAGUUUUCAUCAUUAUAACCCGUUUGUCUCCCUCAACUCUGAAUUCCUCGGGUACCACAGGUUCAGAGGUGAGUCGACUCAGGGUGAGUCCACGGUUCCACAUAUCGAGCCAGUCAUGUCUCCGUUAAAAAAUCUACGUAUGCUGCGACUCAACGGAUCAUUCCCUUCCUUCUCUCCCGACGGUGAUCUUCUAGCCUUAAAUCCCACUUUGGAUGAAAGCGGAGGCAUUAAAGUUGUCAAAUCGAACGGCUCGAAACGAUGGACCUUGAUAAAGGGCCGUACGGCAUUUUAUAACUCGUGGAGCCCCACUGAGAAACACGUGAUUUACACUUCCCUAGGCCCGAUAUUCGAGUCAGUUAAAACAACGGUGCAGGUCGCACGAAUCACAUUUGACCCGUCUGAUUUCAACGGUGAUCUUGAAGAGAUCCCUGGCGAUGUAAAGAUGCUUACGCGAGAAGAUACAGGGAAUAACGCCUUCCCGUCUUGCUCCCCUGAUGGAAAGUCCCUCGUGUUCCGUUCCGGCCGUUCUGGACAUAAGAAUCUUUACAUACUUGACGCCGUUAACGGUGAAUUUAACGGCGGUAUACGGAAGUUAACCGACGGUCCUUGGAUUGAUACGAUGCCGUCUUGGUCCCCCAGCGGAGAUCUCAUAGCGUUUUCUUCCAACAUGCAUAAUCCGGAUAGAGUUGAUGCCUUCAGCAUUUACGUGAUUAAACCGGAUGGCUCUGAUCUCAGGAGGAUUUACGUGGCGGGACCGAAGGGGUCGAGUGACGUGGACAGGGAGAGAAUUAACCACGUAUGUUUUAGCCAGGAUGGAGAGUGGCUGCUGUUCGCGACAAACAUAGGAGGCGUGACUGUUGAGCCGGUGUCGUGGCCCAAUCAGUUCCAGCCAUAUGGGGAUUUGUAUGUGGUGAGGUUGGAUGGGAGUGGAUUGAGGAGGCUGACGUGGAAUGGGUUUGAGAAUGGGACGCCAGCAUGGCACCCCGGGAGCGAGCUGGAUAUGGGGCGUUUGUGUUUGGGAAAUGAAGCUGGGGUUAAACUUAAAGGUGACUUUGAGGAACCAUUAUGGAUUACUUGUGAUUUUGCUUAGAGUUUCUUGAUUUCUCUUAUCCUCGUUGCUUGCUAUUGUUGACCCCCACGGGUUUAUUGUAACUAAUUGGAGUAAAUAAAAUUACUAUGGAAAUAUUAGUGUGAUAAUUUA